AUGGCCCAGGCGGCUGAGCAGUGUGAUGCUAGCUUGGUUUUUCUGGAGUUUUCUCCGGCCUCCUCCACCGACCACUGCUCUAGGAGGUGGGUACCCGGCCAGCAGUCACACAGCUGGUACGCACCUGCCCACAGCAUCCCCGGGCCGGCCCUGUCUCUGCAGGAAUGCUCACCGUACGCGGCCCACCUCUACGACGCCGAGGACCCGUCCACGCCCUUGCGAACUGUGCCCGGGCUCUGCGAGGACUACUGUCUGGACAUGUGGCAGACGUGUCGGGGCCUGUUCCGCCACCUGUCGCCCGACCGAGAGCUCUGGGCCCUGGAGGGCAACCGGGCCAAGUUCUGCCGCUACCUGUCGCUGGACGACACGGACUACUGCUUCCCCCGCCUGCUGGUCAACGAGAACCUCAACUCCAAUCUGGGCCGCGUGGUGGCCGACGCCAAGGGCUGCCUGCAGCUGUGCCUGGAGGAGGUGGCCAACGGGCUGCGCAACCCCGUGGCCAUGGUGCACGCCCGGGACGGCACCCACCGCUUCUUCGUGGCCGAGCAGGUGGGGCUGGUGUGGGCCUACCUGCCGGACCGCUCGCGGCUGGAGAAGCCCUUCCUGAACGUCAGCCGGGCCGUGCUCACCUCGCCCUGGGAGGGCGACGAGCGGGGCUUCCUGGGCAUAGCCUUCCACCCCAGCUUCCGGCACAACGGCAAGCUGUAUGUCUACUACUCAGUGGGCUUCGGCUUUGAUGAGUGGAUCCGCAUCAGCGAGUUCCGGGUCUCCGAGGACGACAUGAACACCGUGGACCACAGCUCUGAGAGGAUAAUCCUGGAGAUUGAAGAACCAGCCUCGAACCACAACGGGGGCCAGCUGCUGUUCGGGGACGAUGGGUUCCUUUACAUCUUUACUGGUGACGGCGGGAUGGCCGGAGACCCCUUUGGAAAGUUUGGAAAUGCCCAAAACAAGUCGGCGCUGCUGGGCAAGGUGCUGCGCAUCGACGUGGACCGCAAUGAGCGCGGCCUCUACCGCAUCCCGCGCGACAACCCGUUCGUGGACGACCCCGCCGCGCGGCCGGAGGUCUACGCCCUGGGGGUGCGCAACAUGUGGCGCUGCUCGUUCGAUCGCGGCGACCCGGCGACCGGCGCGGGCCGCGGGCGCCUCUUCUGCGGAGACGUGGGCCAGAACAAGUUCGAGGAGGUGGACCUGGUCGAGCGCGGCCGCAACUACGGCUGGCGCGCCCGCGAAGGCUACGAAUGCUACGACCGCAAGCUGUGCGCCAACGCCUCCCUCGAUGACGUGCUGCCGAUUUUCGCCUACCCACAUAAACUGGGCAAGUCGGUCACGGGAGGCUAUGUGUACCGGGGCUGUGAGUACCCCAACCUGAACGGCCUCUACAUUUUCGGCGAUUUUAUGAGUGGGCGUCUGAUGUCCCUCCGAGAGAACCUAGAGACAGGCCAGUGGCGGUACAGCGAGAUCUGCAUGGGUCGAGGCCAGACCUGUGAGUUCCCAGGACUCAUUAACAACUACUACCCUCACAUCAUCUCCUUUGCUGAGGAUGAAACCGGGGAGCUGUACUUCAUGUCAACAGGCGUGCCGAGCGCCUCAGCGGCCCGCGGGGUUGUCUACAAGGUGAUUGACCCCUCCAGGCGGGCGCCACCCGGCAAGUGUCGGACCCAGCCGGCCCAGGUGAAGGCGAGGAGCCGCCUCAUCCGAUUUGUGCCCAAAGAAAAGUUCAUCCGGAGGGCGGAGAGCACCCCACGGCCCACAGCGCGUGCACCUACCCAGGCGCCCCGCCGCAGCCGCCCCACGGCUGCUCCGAGGCCCGCGCCCACCCCGAGGCCCGCGGNGCCGGUGCGGGCCACCAAGCGCGCCGAGUUUGGCGAGGGCCGCGCGCUGCCCAUCCUGCUGGAUGACGUGCGCUGCGCGGGGAGCGAGCGCAACCUGCUGGAGUGCACGCACGCCGGCGUGGGCACGCACAACUGCGGGCACCAGGAGGACGCGGGCGUCGUGUGCAGCCACGAGGACCCUGACCUGUAGGAGAGCACCAUCCGUCGGGCCAGGCCACCUCGGUCCGGCCGCAGCCUGGCAGGGCCCCUCCGCCAUGAGCACGCUCCGUGCGCGCAUGAGUCUGCAGGCAGAGGGGGCCCAUCUGUAACGCUGUCCCUGUGGAGGCGUGUGAGGUGUGUACAGUGCUCGCGUGUUCUGUGUCCCUGCCAGUGUGUCUUCCGCAGACCAGAAGCCACAGCAUGUUGGGGUCUGUGUGGUCAUGGCCCCGGGUGUUCUUUUCUUACCUCCAAACAUCUUGGGCAUGCACGGGAACACAGUCUGGCCAUGGUCCCUGAGCACUGAGGGCUAGCCCCCUUCAAGGACAGACAUGGCUCUUGGCCACAUUGACAGAGGCAUAGCUGGCAGAUUGAGGGAGGGGAUCAGGCCUGUUUUGCCCAGGGCUAGAGUGGAAGGCCCCGGACUAUCUGGAGUAUGGCUUAAGGAAGGUGACUCAGAGAGCAUGGGCAGGUGGCCCAGCAGGUAGAGGUGCUGAAGAGAACAGGAAGGCAUCCAGUGGGGCAAAGGGAAGCUGUUAGACUGAUGGGUCCAGGGUGAACUGUGAGCCAUGGCCAUCUGAGUGAGGAUCAGGCUGCC